AGCGUGUUUCUUUGAUCGCAUCACGUCAUUGAUACCUAAUCACACACAGAAGACCUUAAUUAAUUUCCUCAGUUGUUGAGACACGUGCAGCUACCAUGAACACCUAUCUCCUCCUUGCAAUGUUUGCCGCCGGUGUAGCAUCCGUGUACGCCAAUGGUGACGAUGUAAUCCCCGAAAAAGCCAAUGAAAAAAAGCUGGGAGAGCAGAAACAUAUACCUGACGCUGACUUCCUCAGUGACGACAUACACCCGGCAUAAUGUCCGAGGAUGGCGCUGACUUACUCAGAGACGAAAUACUCCCGAUCAUAAUGUCCGAGGAUGGCGCUGACUUCCACAGCGACGACAUACACCCGGGCAUAAUGUCCAAGGAUGGCGCUGACUUCCUCAGAGACGAAAUAAUCCCGGUCGUAAUGUCCAAGGAUGGCGCUGACUUCCUCAGAGACGACAUACACCCGGGCAUAAUGUCCAAGGAUGGCGCUGACUUCCUCAGAGACGAAAUAAUCCCGGUCGUAAUGUCCAAGGAUGGCGCUGACUUCCUCAGAGACGAAAUAAUCCCGGUCGUAAUGUCCAAGGAUGGCGCUGACUUACUCAGAGACGAAAUAAUCCCGGUCAUAAUGUCCAAGGAUGGCGCUGACUUCCACAGCGACGACAUACAACCCGGCAUAAUGUCCAAGGAUGACGCUGUCUUCCUGCCACCCAAGCGUAAUGUCCAAUGAUGACGCUGAAUUCCAGGCUUGACCAAAGAAGAACCAAUAGAACAUUGAAAUCCGUUUAUUUGUUCUGAAUGAAACAUGAAAUAAAAAUUUGACAGCUGAAA